GUUCUGUUUAUGCAGCAAGCAAUCUACUAAAUGCACUAUACUAAAACAUGUAUACUAACUGUACAGUAUAUACAGUACACACACUAUGCUAUACAGUGUGUUACAGUACCAUUCAGCCUUUUCUGUUGGUUGCCGGCUAUCAUAUUCCAAAGUCACACAUUAAAAAUGACUGAAGAAUUCAGGUGAAAUGGGUCAGCUUUGGAUUAUGAUAUGCAUUGUGUGCCAUGCACUUUGAAUACCAAUUAGACUGUGUUAUGCAUCAUAGUGAGCUAGGCUUUCAUUUUUUUUUCUGCACAUCUCCAAGAUAAUUCAAAUGUGAGAAUUACAUGGUUCCGCUCUCUUCUCGCCUUGCUGAAGAUUUUUUUCUCAGCUGGUCCUCAAAAUGUCUUUCCACCUCUCUUUGGCUAUAUGGAGCUGGCUUCAUUAUCUCCAAGGCAGAUUAAAAGCACAGAGUUUAAGAUGAGUGAGGAGCCUGAGUGCGAGUGGAAAAGAUCUGUCCUGGCCUUCUUCACUAGAACACUCUAUCUCUCUCUCGCUCUCUCUCUCUCUGGCCGUAAUUACAGCCCGACCUUAUUCUGAAUCAGAGACGAACGUGCAGAACUCCCUUGUGCGUCAUUUUUGCUGUUGAUCAAGAGCAAAAGCUUUUUGUAAUGCUUGGUAUAACGAGAGUGUUAUUUUCUCCCUGCUAUUUCCUCCUCCUACUUUUCAUCUAGCAUUUAUUUUUGUAAUGGCUAACAAUCUCUCCCUCACUCCCUGACCUGCCACAGCCUAGUUAGACUUUGAGGCUGCCGUGUCCCUUUUUAUGAAGACAUAUAAGGAAACUGCCUGCCUUUUUGAGCGACUGCGCUUGAAAUUGCUUAUGAGAUGCUUCUAUAUUUAGGCUAAUCGCGAUAUUACGUCGCUCUCUAGAUAUGUCAUUUCCAGGGGCAAGGGGAAGCUCUCAGACUUAUCUAUCAGCCACGCAUAUUAUCAAAAGAAGACUAGAGAGUAAUUUGAUUAGACUUAACCACUCUGGGCCUGCUAUUGGAUUAGGGCAAUCGUCUUAUCUGUGAAUGAGACAAAUAGCUUUGCACUUUACUUUUUUGAUCUAGCACACGCUUUCAGGCUGAAUACGUAAUGCCUGCUGCAGGGUACAAAGGCUUCAUUAAAGAUUGCCCAAGUGGGCAGCUGGAUGCGGUGGGCUUUCAGAAGAUAUACAAGCAGUUCUUUCCUUUUGGAGAUCCCACAAAGUUCGCCUCCUUUGUCUUCAAUGUAUUUGAUGAAAACAAGGAUGGACGCAUCGAGUUCUCUGAGUUCAUCCAGGCCUUGUCAGUGACUUCCCGGGGAACUCUUGAUGAGAAGUUGAGAUGGGCUUUCAAACUAUAUGACCUGGAUAACGAUGGCUACAUCACCCGAGAUGAGAUGUUGAACAUCGUAGAUGCCAUUUAUCAGAUGGUGGGGAACACUGUGGAGCUGCCAGAAGAAGAAAACACACCAGAAAAGCGGGUGGACCGUAUUUUUGCAAUGAUGGACAAGAAUGCAGACGGGAAGCUGACUCUGCAGGAGUUUCAGGAGGGUUCAAAGGCAGACCCUUCCAUUGUUCAGGCAUUGUCUCUCUAUGAUGGACUUGUGUAGGAAUGUAAGAUGGAUCCAACACAGCAUCCGCACACCAAUCCAGCACCAUCAUACCUGCGACGGGAAGGAACCACAUUUAUUGAAGUGGACUGAAAACUUUUGUUGCGCGGCCGUGUAUCGUGUCAAGAAGCUGUCUGUCUACAUUUCCAGUUCGGAUUGUAUAAACAAAUAUAUCCUCUGAUGUGACGGAAAAGUCAAACAUGUCAUCAAAUCAUUAAUCUGUGCUUUUACAGCUACGUGGCACCGCGUACGCCCCUUGAGUGUUGUGGAUUGUGUACGAGCAUUUCUGCAAACGCACCGUUGCGGUUUCCCCACGGACAGUCCAAGGAACUCAAUUCCCCCUGAGAUGUUAGCGUGCGUCUCGCUCACAUACCGUAAACCAGGGAACGCACGCGAAUCGCUCGGAUGAACUGUGCUGCUGCUUCACCGCCACACGGAGAGACUCGAAACCCGGGAGAACCUGGAAAAAUGUGUUCCUUGCUGAUAACGUGAACACGGACUUACAGUUACAAAGCAGUAGAGUGUACAUUGUAUAAUGUAAAUAGAAGGGUAAUUUAUUUUCUGCUCUGCUACGUUCAUGGGAAUUCCCUCAUAAGUAUGGAAUGAAGUUUUAUUUUUUAUCAAAGUGUUGAAAAUGUAUUGCACUGUAUUUUUCAUUACUGUGGGAUUGUUUUUGUUCUCUCAUUCUGAGGUUUCCUUUCUCCUGAGAGAACAGGGUUUUUAUUUGAAGAGGAGCGUCGAAGGAGCUGGGAUUUUACUAUGGAUUAUUUAUUUUACUAUGUUUGCACUCUCCGCAUCCUAUUGUGCUUUCACUUCCCCGUUAGCACUUGCGCCUAGUGUCUGUAGCGUUGCACGGCGACAUCCUGAACGACAUGACCGAGCCACACAGCGAAUUCUCACAGCUCCCAUCCGAACUGAGGCUCAUUACUUCUUUUGAGAGCAUCGUACUCCACCCUCAGCGCACACAAAGCCCUGGUCAUCGAGAGGCACAAACAGACAUCAAUUCUGGUUGUAAAGCUUUUUGCGAGCUUCGUGGUUGCAAUUGUCCACUUUGGUUUUGUCCUGUGUGAGGCCAGAGCAUGUGAUGAUGCCUUUUUUUUUUUUCAUUCUUGGAUGGUUUUCGUUACAGAAUUAAGAUGUUUUAUCAGCUUCACUAAUGUUAUGCCUUAUGCAAAUGAUAAUUUACUAAAUGAUAAAUGUCAUUUACCUGUUAUAACAGUAUAAGAGCACAGAAUAAAAUGCAUUUAAGUGGCAACAUUUUCUAUCACUGCGUUCUUAGUCUUUGUAUUUGAAAUGACUAGAAUUGUGUUUGAUUUCUUUAUAUGCAGGUGAUCAUUUGUAGGAGCUGUUUUAGUUUAAUGCAUAAGUGUUGCUCAAAUGUGUAUUUGCAAAAUGUUCAACUUUCCUUAUGAUCCCUAAUGAAUCACGUCUCAAGACGGUAAUCCACACCUGACAGACUUCACACACCCGAUUGCAUUGUAUUCGAAAUUUAAAAGAAAUUUAAAGAUCUUACAUGCCGACUCGCUUUGUGGUGUCAUUCUGCACUGUUUUGGUUGUAUAAUGAACAAUGAACUGCA